AUGACUGCUGGUGAUGAAGAUGUGGCCGAAAGAAGAUCCAUGGUCGGAAUGGCACCCACACGCAGGGGUAAUGCCACUCCAAGAAGAUCCGCCACAAAUAAGGUUGCUGUAAGAUCAGAAAGAAAAAGAAAACGAGAAGAAUCAGAAGAUGAAAGUGAAAAGAAUGAUAACGAUAGUGAGGUCGAGUCUGAGGAAAUUGAUGAUGCUGUUGUAGUAGAAAAGAAAAGAAAAAAGAGAAAGUCCAAACUAACUGACUCUGUUGCUCGAAAGAAGCGAAGCGAAGCUAGAAAAUCCGCAGCUGUAGAAAAAGCUCCUCCAGUACCAGACUCACCAGAAGAGAGAACACCGAGUCCCGAAAGUGAACCUGAGCCUGUUAUAAAACCACCAUCAAUUAGACAAUAUACUUCAUUCCAACUUAUGUGUGAUCACUUAUUGCGUAAAAUCCAGUCAAAAGACCCUGAGGAGUUUUUUGCUUUUCCUGUAACUAAUUCAAUGGCCCCUGAUUACCAUACAAUCAUAACCCAACCAAUGGAUUUUAUAUCAAUGAGAAACAAAAUCGAAGAAGAUAAGUAUGACAACAUUCAUCAGAUGAAACAUGACUCAGAACUGAUUGUAUCAAAUGCUUUAACUUACAAUAACCCUAAUACUGUAUAUCAUCUCGCCGCAACGCGACUAUCUACUAUUAAUAAAUACUAUUUUUCUGAAAACUAUAUCCGCUAUAUAUUCCACACUCUUCCUUUCGCCAAUCAGGUGCCACUUGAAAAAGUUGGAUUAACGCCCCUGAUGCCAAUGUCGCAUAGGCUUGGAAACAAAAACAGACAUGCCGUUGUUGAUAGCAUGAAGGCCGAAGAUUGUAAACGAAUGGCUGAUAGCAGUGUCCGAGAGCGCUUGGCUACUAGAGUACCUUCUGAGAUAGGUUUCAUGGAUAAUAAAGAUGGUGCAACCACGUUAAACAUUAUUUCUGAUACGGAAAAGAAACCCAUCAGACUUAUCGAUAUUGUUGGUACUCUGGAUGAAGGUAAUCCCGGACUUCUCAGCUUGGGCGAUCACAGACUAUCAACUGUGUUUGUUAUGAAUUAUUUGAAUUAUGGUCCAUUCUGUUCCUUUGCUCCUCAGUAUGAUUCUACAUGGGCUUCGUUGACGAAAAAAGAUUCUGAUCUCCUACUUAGAGUAUACGGAGACAGAUCGAUGGUUUCAGAAGUAAUGUCUUUGAGAAACAUGGUGGGUGACUCCAGCGAACAUUUCAUCAAAGUAGUCGAUGAUAUGCUUGAUACCCUCACAGACGGCGAACACAGAAAAGCCAUGAAAGUGUUGGAAAAUAAAGUCGUUCCACCCAAAGGAGAUGAACCUGUGGAUGAUCUAUUGAACGAUGUGGAAACUCUUGAGAACCUCGGAAUUGAUACUUCAUUCAUCAAUGAUAUUCGUCAAAGCAUGAAUGUUAACAAGAAUAACAGCAUUCAGGCUCAGCUAGACCAGUCAGGUCAAGCUAUCAUGGAUUUACACAGAUUGCAGUACGAUCGUUUGUCCAAACAACCACCGACAACUCUUACAAAAUCCGUACCACCAUCGGCUUUAGAAAUGCAACUAGCUGGUAAUGUACAGCAGCAGUUGGUAUCACAAGUGUCCAAUCAUAUGAAUCCUGGACAGUUGGUUACUCCGCCAACUAUCCAUAACGCUCUCGGCAUUGAGCAGAGUGGCGAUGUUGACAUGGACCUUAUCGGAGAAUUUUUUCUUCUAAGCUAA